GAGCCUUUCCAGUGGCUGGCCGAUCACAUGGAUGUGUGUCUUUUCUGUUGACGUGGUCUCAGGGUAACACUUGUGAGCAGAAGUGCACUUUUCAUGAAGGAAAGUGGGCGCAAGUGCUCCAGGAUUUGCGCACGGACAUGUUGGACUUCGCCAUUUUCGCUGUGACCUUUGUCAUCAUCCUGGUCGGCGCAGUUCUCUAUUUGUACCCGUCUUCCAGAAGAGCCUCGGGCAUCCCAGGACUCAACCCCACAGAUGAAAAAGAUGGUAACCUGCAGGACAUUGUGAACAGAGGCAAUCUCCAUGAGUUCCUCCUGGGCCUUCAUGAAGAGUAUGGGGCGGUGGCGUCCUUCUGGUUCGGCAGGAGACCUGUGGUCAGCCUGGGCUCAGUGCAGCAGCUACGGCAACACAUCAACCCUAACCACUCCACGGACUCCUUUGAGACCAUGCUCAAGUCCUUGCUGGGGUACCGCUCUGGGACUGGAGCCACGGAGAUCGUCAUGAGGAAGAAGGUGUACGAGAAUGCCAUCGACAACACCCUAAAACACAACUUCUCACUGGUCCUGAAGUUGGUGGAUGAGUUGGUGUCUAAGUGGAACUGUGUGCCCGCGGAGCAGCACACCCCGCUCUGUGCCCACCUCCUGGGACUGGCACUGAAGAGCGUCACUCAGCUGGGCCUGGGCGAGCGUUUCCAAGACGACGCACAGGUCAUCUCCUUCAGACGAGGCCAUGAUGUGAUCUGGUCUGAAAUUGGGAAGGGCUACCUGGAUGGGUCCCUGGAGAAGAGCUCUAGCAGAAAGGCCCAGUAUGAGAAAGCUCUGUCAGAGAUGGAGGCUCUGCUGAUGUCUGUGGUGAAGGAGAGACGAGCCCAGAGGAGACACACUGCGUUUGUGGACACUCUGCUCCAGUCCAACAUGUCCGAGGCACAGAUUAUGGAGGACUGCAUGGUCUUCACUCUCGCAGGCUGUGUGAUUACAGCCAACUUGUGUAUCUGGGCUCUUCGUUUCUUGUCAGCAUCAGAGGAGGUGCAGGAAAAGCUGUACCAGGAGAUUCAGGAUGUGUUAGGAUCAGAACCCAUCACACUGGAGAACGUCCCCCAGCUAAGAUACUGCCAGCAGGUCCUCCAUGAGACAGUCAGGACGGCCAUGUUGACCCCUGUGGCUGCCCGACUCCAGGAAGUAGAGGGUAAAGUGGAUCAGCAUGUCAUCCCCAAAGAGACACUGGUCAUCUAUGCGUUAGGAGUGGUCAUGCAGGAUCCGGACACAUGGAACAGCCCAUACAGGUUUAAUCCAGAUCGGUUUGAGGAAGAGUCAGCCAGAAAAACCUUCAGUCUGCUGGGAUUCUCAGGGAGUCGGACGUGCCCUGAGCUCAGGUUUGCAUACACAAUAGCCAGUGUGCUGCUUUGUUCUGUGGUUCGUCGACUCCGGCUCAGUGCUAUCGAGGGCCAGGUGAUGGAGGUGCGCUCAGAGCUUGUGUCCACACCCAAAGAUGAGACAUGGUUGACGGUCAGCAGCAGGACCUGAACACCACCUGGACCUCUGUGCCUUUGUGCCUAUGAGCAAUAUCAUCCCACAUAGUUAAUCAGUAUUGAUUUUAAAUUGGUUUUAAAAUCAGUGAGCCAAAGAACUUGUGAAUCCUCUUUUAAGGUAUAUUCUCAACGUUUUAUUGUUAGUCGACAAUUCUUUUUGUAUAUUUUCAAUAAAGUAAUAGUUAUUUA